CCUGCUGAUGAAUUGGCGAAACAAUUAAACCGAUGGGUCGUGGAACUGCAUCAUCCUUUUGCCCGCCGUAGGGUAAUGCACAUUUGAGAGAAAGAAAACCCUUCGAAAUCACCGGAAUUUUAAAACUUUUCAACAUGACCUCCUCUGUGUGGAGGCUCGUGAUGGUAUGUGUCAUCAUGACCCUGGUGGUGCCAUCGGAGGCUACGUGUCCUCAGGGAUGGACCAGGCUUGGAUUUAAGUGUACCCGUUUAUUCUUGGAGCCGAUGACUUGGAAGGCAGCCGAGGCCAACUGCCAGUCUUUUUCCAAUGAUGCCAGCGAACGAGGUCACCUGUUGUCUCUUGCGGACGUGAAAGAAACCACGUUACUGAGCUUGAUCAUGGAUGAGGCACAGCAGGGCGGUACGUGGGUGGGGUUAGCGCAACAGGAGGAUAAUAACAACAUGAUGACGUGGUCAAAUGGGUUGCCGAUAGAUCUUUUUAGUGUCAUCGAAAACGAACUGCUUGACUUCAGUAGAGGAGGAGGUUGCACUCAAGCAACCAUAGAAGAGAAACAGCCCACAUUGCGGACCACAAGCUGUAACACCAUGCUACCAUACGCGUGCGAACUCAGUGACUGCCCAGGAGGAUGGACGUCUUACGCCGGUAGCUGCUUCAAGCACUUCGACAAGAAGAAAUCGUGGAGUGAGGCCGAAGACUUCUGUCAGGGACACCGGAAGGAUGAGGUCAAGGGUCAUCUGGUGUCCAUAGCGACUGACGACGAGAACAGGUUCCUUUCUGAGUGGCAGAAGGCAGCGUCAGGAAAUGAAAACCUCGGAGACACAUGGAUCGGACUCUACGGCAUUCCAGGUGGCGACCGGUUUUUCUGGACGGCAGAGCUGGACUUUGCAAACGACGGCCAGGCCGACCUUCAACAGAUCUCGCCCAAUUACUGUACGGAGAUGCACAAAACUGGAGAUGGAUUGUGGGGCCAAACCUCGGAUUGCAACCAAGCCGCGACACACAUCUGCAAGCUGAGUCACUGUCCCGUGGGCCUGGUGGCAUUCCGAGACCAGUGCCUCUUGUACUUGGGCAGGCCAGAUACCGAUGCUGAUGAGACACCUGGUGGUGAAGGUCACUCGCAGUCUCCACGUAGAAGCCCUAGAAACCGGCGCAGCGCCCCUUUCAACUUCGGCGCUUUGGCCAACAGAUUCAGGUUAGGAAGGACCAAUCCACAGACUUCGCAGAAGAGUUCGGCAAUCACUCGUAAAGUCAGCUUCAGUAAUUUGUGGAAAAAGAGGACCAGCAGCAAAUCCCCUAUCACUCGCACCCUUGGUUCAUCAGUUAAGAAAUCACCAUUUUCGGGUCUGAGCUUUGGGAAAAGUUUCCAAAUAACCAGAAGCGGAACUAGUGGCAAGAGGCUCCCAUUCACAUUCGGCGCUGCCUUCAGAAAUUCCGCCAAAAGCAAAAGUGUGAGCACGGGAAUCAGCAGCAUCACCCAAUCACCGCCUAGGCCCCAGCAGGCUCAGUCUUUGCCGGCCCAAGGUGCCCCAGUCCCAGCUCAGAAGGCUCCCGCGCCCGCUCGACCUUCUCCUGUCCCAGUCAAGUCAGCGGCAGCACCAUCCCCCGACACCUCUUCCGUCAAUCAACCGGUCAGACCCUUUGUCUCGUCCACUAGUCAGACUGCAUCUUGUCCAGGUGGGUGGACAAAACAGGGUAGCUCCUGCUACAAGUUCUUUGCCGAAGAGAAAUCUUGGGACGAUGCCGAGGAUCACUGUAAGAAUAUCGACCUAGGAGAUGGCGUUAACUACCAAGCUCAUCUGACGACGAUAGAAAACGUGCUGGAAAACCUCCUGCUUGGGCUGAUGGUAAAAAGUCAGGCAGGCGGCGCUCACACCUGGAUCGGCAAGAAAAAGAUGGGCGAGCAAAACAGCUGGAUAGUCAAUGAAGGGACCGACUUCAACGCCAAUUUGGUUCAAUCACAACGGGAUGGUGCACCGGAUGGUUGUGCAUUUAUUAACCACAAGGCAGAAUGGGGACACACAGAGUGUUCGGCGAGAUUGCGAUUCCUCUGCAAGUUUAAGAAAACAGAGAAGUAUAAAAAGUCAGUUGAGGUUGUACCGGAGUCACGAAAUGUAGCGUCAUCAGCAUUGGAUUCAGCGCUAACCUCAGAAUUACCUGCAAGAAGUACCGGCCAGAAGUAUUGCUUCCCAACCUGGAAAGAGCACAGUGGAUUCUGCUAUCACUUCUCCGUGGUGGAGUUACCAUGGGAAGAAGCGAGAGAUAUAUGCCGCUCCUACUUCUUCGGCAACGAAGUCAUGGAACAAGCCAACUUGGUCUCAAUAACCUCUGCCGAGGAAAACGACUUCUUGAUGGCCACCUCUGUCGCGACCAACUCGUUCUGGAUCGGCAGGAACGGGAACGCGUGGCUGGAUGGCAAGGUCUUGGGUUACCGGGCUUCAGAAAUCAAUGCAGCGUCUCCCGGGCUGUGUUCGUAUGCAGUUAACAAGCGGUGGGGCUACCAGGAUUGUGGUCAGAAGCUCCGAUAUGUCUGCAAAAUGCCGAUGGCAAAAGUGGAGCGUGUUGUGCGGAAGAGGCGAAGCCUCAAAGAAUAGUCUCAAGGCAUUUCUCAAAUUUCGGCUUCCUUUCGGUUCUGGUUGAGCUUGCAUGUUCGUGAUUUUUUUUUUCGGGCUAAAUCUCCCUUGUCUUAUCAUGGUCAAAAUGUUGGUCUGGUUUGUUUUGCUCGAACACUAAAUGUUUGCAGUAGUUGCUGGGGCGAACCGAUAGUGAAAGCUGGAGAAACGAAGUUUAAGAUACGUUCCUACAUGUAGUAUCACCACUAUAUUGUAUUGACCCACUAUCAUGUCGACCCUGCCACAGAAAUGUCUGAUUCUUGUAUUAAAAGGUACCUCUUCAAUAUUAUAAUUAAUCUGUCCUGUUCAGAGAUAUUUAAAGCUGUAGUAUACUGUACCCAAAAUAUCUGAUAUGCCCUUUGAGGGGCCAAAGUGCAAAUAGAACAAAAGUGAGUUUUAUGAUCCGUAGUUUAGCCAAAGUUCGACGUAGGUAUAAACCUCUUGAGCAAAUUAGCGAUAAUAUAAUUAUGCUACACGGAUGUUUGCUGUUUAUUUCGGUAUUAAAACAAAUCAUUAUACCUACCUAACUUGGUCAUCAAAGAUCGUAUUUUUAAUAUUCUAGUAAUGGUGUUUACCUUAUCGGUUGAAUUUAUGUCUUUGGUUUCCUAGAUGGGUAAAAAUUUUACACUUAAUUGGGUGGCCAGAUAUCAUUAUUUAAUCAUGGUGAUUGGCAUCAGUAAAAUCAACGAAUUUAGAAGAACGAUUACCAAACGGUUGUCACACGAACUUGAUUCGUCAAUAUUGUGGCGUUAGUGUGCAGUCAUGCAUGUUGCCAUAAUGUUAUAGAGUCUCGCCAAGAAAGCAAUGGAUUUUUGUGUUUACAUAUUUUUAAUUUAUAUAUAUAUAAAAAAUCAUGUCUAUUCGAGUUUUUUUGUGAUUUUUUUAUUCAAGACUUUUUGAUGAGAUGUUUAUUUUACUGUCAUUAAUAUGGUGUCUGGCUCCUUUGCCUUUAAGUUCAAAUAAAUCCAGGGUACACUCAAGAUCUUA